AUGAAACACAUUUUCAAGAAGAAGCCCCAUCACCACCCCAACCGCUCCAAUGAGACCCCUCAACCACCGCUGCCCCAAUCCCCAUCCAGCUCCGACAAUCGCACCACCUCGUCUUCUCCGGCGCCCAGCUCCGCCGCCGCCCCCUCCGGCAAUAGCAACCCCGGUGGCGAAGGUAAUAAUAGCGUGCAUCAUCCACAGCAGGACUACUACGCAUCCGAGGAGGAGUACCAGGUCCAGCUCGCCUUGGCCCUGAGCGUGUCGUCGUCGGGUCAGGAUUCUUCAUCUAUUGACCCGGAAAAAUCCCCGAUCCGUAGCCCUGAUAACGCCAACGCCGCCGCCGACUUGCUGUCUCGCCGCUAUUGGAAUUUCGGCGUCCUUGAUUUUGAGGAGAGAAUGGUGGAUGGUUUCUAUGAUGUGUACAAUCUAUCUGGUGAUCCAGCUCUUCGAGGGAAUAUGCCUUCUCUUGCGGAACUUGAGAGCAAAAUUGGGGGCCCGGAUUAUGAGGUUGUCAUAGUUAACAGAAAAAUAGAUCCUGCUUUGGAGGAGUUGAUGCAGAUAGCACACUGCAUUGUAUUGGAUUGCCCUAAAUCUGAAAUUGUUCUGCUUAUACAACGACUAGCUGAACUUGUUACAGAGCACCUGGGUGGACCUGUACGUGAUGCAAAUCUUAUGCUGGCUAAGUGGAUGGAGAGAAGCAUGGACCUAAGGACAUCUCUUCAGACUACCGUACUGCCAAUUGGAUCAUUGAGAAUUGGCCUCUCACGGCACCCUGAUAGUGUCGGACUACCCUGUAGACUAGUGAAGGGCAGUCACUACACUGGUAUUGAGGAUGAUGCUGUUAAUGUUGUAAAGCUACACGAUGAUAGUGAGUGCUUGGUUGAUCUAAUGGGAGCCCCUGGAACACUUAUCCCCGCUGAUGCUCUGAGUGGGAAAGGUGCUCUGUCAAACAAUCCACAACAAGCUAGGAUUUCCAGUUUGCAUACAACUAGUGAUACACAAGUUUCUUCGACACAGCCUACUUGGGAUUCUUUUCUAGCUUCACCGUGGAAGUCAGAAGCACUGUUGUCAUCAAUGGAUGCCAGUGCUAAGGACGGAGUUGGAACUUCUGGAUUAAAUGACAAAUUGACUUCUGCUAAUCAAUUGGAUCAUAGCCUGUCACAGUCAAUUGGAAGUUCAUUAAAUAAAGGGAGCCUAGGACCCAAUUCAGCAGGCGAUGUCAUGAGGAUAAAUAUGAAUGUUGUUCCAUACAGUCAGAAAAGUUCUGAAGAUUCAAAAAAUCUGUUUUCGGAGCUCAAUCCCUUUCAGAUAAAAGGCUCUGGCAAAAACGUUGUGCAGAAUAGUCUUGGAUAUGAAGUUGGUAAAUUGCAUUUUCCGAAAGCAAACAUUGUUAGCAGUCGGCCUCCUGCUGCGCCCUUGAUGUGGAAAAACCGUCAUGCAUUUAAUGAUGUCCAUAAGGGAAAUGACAGUGAAGGUUCAUUUAUGAGGAACAAUAGAGGAGCUAACAAUGGCAAUCAAUCAUCAGUUGUAUCUAGAAGUUCAAAGAUCCCACCCAGACCACCCUCCAAGUCACCAGGAAUAUCAUUAGCUAAUCCUGGAGAGACAUCCGGUGAAAGUGGAUAUGCUCAAUUGUCUUCUGUGGAAGGUUUCACUUCAAAUGGUGGGGAAAAGUAUUGCGGAGUGGAUCUACAAAUGGCGAGAACUGAAGCUAGUCCUGGUGACCACGUGAUUCGGAAAAAUAUGGGAGAAAGAUUAAUUACGAUCAAUUCGAAAAUGAAGGAAACUGAAGGUGCAAGUUCUAAAGUUGAUACAGAGAUUGAUGAUGUUGGUGAAUGUGAAAUUGCUUGGGAAGAUCUUGACCUUGGUGAAAGGAUUGGACUAGGCUCUUAUGGCGAGGUCUACCAUGCUGAUUGGAACGGCACUGAAGUUGCUGUGAAGAAAUUCCUUGAUCAAGAUUUCUCAGGUGCUGCUUUGGAUGAGUUCAAAAGAGAAGUGAGGAUAAUGCGCAGGUUACGCCAUCCAAAUGUAGUUCUUUUUAUGGGUGCAGUAACUCGCCCCCCAAACCUUUCUAUCAUCACUGAGUUUCUUCCUCGUGGAAGCUUAUAUCGGAUAAUUCAUCGCCCUCAUUGUCAAAUUGAUGAAAAGAGAAGAAUAAAAAUGGCUCUUGAUGUGGCUAAAGGCAUGAACUGCUUACACACAAGCAUACCGACAAUUGUUCACCGUGAUUUAAAAUCACCCAAUCUUUUGGUGGAUAACAACUGGAAUGUUAAGGUGGGUGAUUUUGGAUUGUCUCGAUUGAAGCACAAUACUUUUUUGUCUUCCAAGUCAACAGCUGGAACACCGGAGUGGAUGGCCCCAGAAGUACUCCGAAAUGAGCCUUCAAAUGAAAAGUGUGAUGUGUACAGCUUUGGAGUUAUUCUAUGGGAACUCGCAACUCUCAAAUUGCCUUGGAGCGGGAUGAAUCCGAUGCAAGUGGUGGGCGCCGUAGGUUUCCAACACCGACGACUCGACAUCCCAAAGGAAGUCGACCCCCUGGUAGCUAGGAUAAUAUGGGAAUGCUGGCAAAUGGAUCCAAAUUUGCGCCCGUCUUUUGCUCAGCUUUGUGUGGCGCUCAAGCCUUUGCAGCGCCUUGUCGUUCCUUCACAUGCAGAGCAACCGACUGCCCCAUUGAGUCAGCAGAUUGGAAUUAAACCGAUGCCUUAA